CACAGUUGGCGUGUUCGGGCGUCGCUCUAAAUGUUUCGCAAGUGACAAUUUAGUGGUUUUAAAUGCUUAUUUAUUCGAUUUUAGAGUGUACUAACUUAGAAAAUACAUUUAAAAAAUCUCUCCGACGAAUUGUGGUUUUUCUCUCCGGAGGGAUGGGGGACAGCUCUCUCCAGAGGGAUGGGUGAUAGCUCUCUUCGGCGGGGCCUCUGUCUUAUCCCUCUUCCCCGCACUGAUGGCACCCUGAUGAAAAUUAAACCUUUGGAUAUUUUGUCAGUAAAACAAGCAGAUACAAGUCCAUCAACAAGUAUAGUAGUCGAAGAAGACUGUGGAAUGCCAACGAUCAAAGAAAACACUGUAGUAAAUGUCAACUACCGAUAUGACUUGGACAAGUUCACUCUUCCCGACACCAAGUUCCCUUCUGGGACAAUACUGAUAACGCGGUGCAAAGAUAUCGGUAAAUAUCAACUCAUUAAUGGAGGAGAAAGAGUCUGUUCGGAUGGGAGUUGGGCAGGAUCUCCGGCUACAUGUGAUUCGUCAGCCAAUAAACUCCGAUUUCUUAAAUAUUUAAAUUACGAAACGCUCCCACGUCAAGUUGCACCGAACAGUUCCUACAUCAUGAAUGUUGCUGAGGUCGCAAAGCUAAGAGUUGAAUGUACAGCUAGCAACGAUGCUGAGCUUCAUUUUAAGCCUUUUCCUGGUAGCACUGAACUACAUGUUCAUGGAGAUACAAUGUUUGGUUCACGCAAUCUAUAUUAUGUAAUUGACUCACGUGAACAUUCUGGAAUCUACAAAUGCUGGGAUAAAGACGACCAAAACGCCCCGCCCAUAAAAGUGGAGGUUUGGGUGGUUGAUCCAAUCUACUGCCCACCACCACCACCGACUUUUAAUGUUGAACAAAUAAGUUAUUCAAAAAUCAUUGAUAGUAACAAGUUUCCACUGAAUGCAGAGUUGACAUAUUCAUGCCCCCUACAAUACAGACUGAUUGGUGAAACUAAACUAAAAUGUCUUUAUGAUGGACAUUGGGAUUUUGAAUUUCCGCAUUGUAAAUCUUUGUCGUGUGAUAGUCCACCAUUGGACAUUGACCAUGGGAUUGUAAUAGGAAGUGGAACUGCCGAGAACACAGAAAUUGGAAUUUACUGUGAAACUGGUUUUUAUAUACCAGGCACGGAGGAAGGCUGGCUUAAAAGUGUAUGCACGGACGGAGAAUGGGUGCCAGCUUUACCUUCGGAUUGUAAAAAUACAACUAAAUGUGAAGAUGUGCCUGUAAAGAUUGCAAAUGGCUUUGUAAUAAAAGAUGACACAAAUGGAAAAUCCGUGACAAUAAUCUGUAAUAAAGACGCCUUCGUCGCAGGAACUAACGAUACCACGACCACCAUUCGUUGCGUUGAUGGAAAAUGGGAUCAUCCAUUCCCAUCAUCAUGUAAAAAACCAACAUGUCCACCCUCCCCAUUAACAUUAUGGAAUGGUAUUGUCAGAAAGCAAAAUAAUACAGUAUCAUUCAUUUGUGAUGACGGUUACUAUAUACCCGGUACAUCAGAUGUUGAACUCGUAGUAACAUGUGAAAAUGAAGAGUGGGAUGAAGACUUUCCAGUAGGGUGUGUUAAUUCUGUAGAAGGAACACUAAAUUCUUUUUCAUUUUCUUCUUCCGAUAAUGAUGGAAACCUACAAUCUUCGGAAGAAACGGAGCUUACAAUCAAGUUUUGCAAUUCAACUGUUUGUGGUCAACAGCCAAUUAAUGCCUAUUGCAACAAUAGAAUUCGUCCAGUGCUUGGUAGGAUAACUAAGGCGGAACCAGCUGUUAAUGAUAGUACUGACCUGGAGAUGACUAUUUCUAUCAGUAAAUGGUUGCAAACAGCAGCAGAACAGACCUCGAAUGUGGAGUUGACUGUAAACGAUGCAUUAGUAGGAGACUGUUACUGUCCUUCAGGCUCACUAAACACUGAGUUGUUGAUUUUCCUGCGCUAUAAAGAAGGCUAUUCGUUGCUUAAGAAAUCUUACAUUGGUGAACACACUACUACAUUGCAAAAUUGCCCAUAAAUAGCCUCAUGAUUUUUAGCUUUUAAUGUUUAAAAAUUACAACGAAAAAAAAUCCUUGUCUCUUAAUACAAAUAUAAUUUUCUUUUAUAUUAGAACCUAUUUACAUAAUCAAAAUUUAAUGGGAGAUUGUUUAAAGACUUUAAUAGUAAUAACUCUUUAAAUCUGCCAAAGGACACCAUAACUGUUUCAUUCUGUAUCUCAAUGAAAAUAUAUAUUUGAUCAAUUUGAAAAAUAAUAAAAUAUGUGUAGCAAAAGCUAAUUAAAUUACAAACUAGCUAUAAAAAAACACAAAAAUAGAAUCUUUAAUAACGAAAUCAUAAAUCAUAAAUGUUAAGUGCCUAUUUGUCUGUGGAGACCAAGUUGGACUCUCAUUUUAUUUAUUUUUUAUUAAUAAAUAUCACAAACUAGUCUCAAAACUGCUACUUUUACUUUACAAAAUUCCAGGGGUGGCGGAGCC